AUGGCGGAAGAGAAGCCAUCGGAAAUGGCGAGCAGCUACUGUCCGAACUUUGCGGCCAGCGAAAUGCAAGCGAGCCGAGUCGCGCCACAACGUUUUGAUCCGCGGCAACACAUACAGAGCCAUCGUCCGAAGACCCAGAAGAAUGUGCCUACCAACAUUCAACUGGACGUGCAACCAAAUGCAUCACCAUCGAAGACCGCACGCAUCGCCAAUGUGGUAGUAAGCGCGCCGAUGCAAGCUCCACCGACCUUGGAAAGUGACAACAACAUGGCUACUACGAUCGAACCACCUUUGUACAAGCCACUUGGACGCUUUGGCUAUCCAGAAAUGAUGGCUGCUGAACGAGCGGAAGACGAUGUGAAGCCUGAGCUAGAACUUUCGAAGUCGAUGGAGGAACAACUGUUGGAGGUAUCGCCCGAAAAAAAUGUAUUCAACCCUUGGCUCAUCAAUCAUUGGAGGCGCGUGGCCAAGGUGAGACUUUUGAAGGACGCGUACGAUGGAAAGCUCAAGAUGACGUUCGAAGAUGUGAAGGAUGAUCUGGAUCUCUUGGCGGCUUUUAUCGACAACCUGGACUACUUUGAAGAGGGCGCAGAUGGCGUUUUUUGUCGAAAGACCGGAUCCAAGAAGUCGAGCAUGGAGAUUGAUUGGCGCUUUCAGAACUACGCGACGAUUGCCGACUUGAAGCAUUUUGCCCUGACAAAACCGUGGCCGGAAACUGCGGUCCCUAUCACGUUGAUCGAGCCGCGAUACAUUUUAUGCUUGGAAACGGAUCGCGCAUAUGAUGAUCGUCUGGGAAUAAAUGAGCUGGUCAAGAAAUUUCUUCGUGAUGGUGGUGAGUUGACGUUGGCUGAGUGCACCUACGGUUCAGCGAUGCUAAUGGUGGAGAAGAGCGAGGAAAGCUUCGAGUAUCUGCGAGUUGUGGCUCUAUCAUAUGAUCAAAUUGAAGAUAGCUGGCUUGUAGCUCCAAUCGAUAGUACCAUUGGCCCGCCGAUGAAAGCACUCAUGAAAGUACGCCCGGACAGUUUCUGCGUGUUGCCCAAUGUGGUCUCUCUUCAAGCAAUACCAGCGGCGAUUUUCGCAGCUCCACUCCGUGGCCUCACUGGAAUCAAGCCGGGUGCACUAGAUUUGGCGAGGAGCUGUCUCUAUGCGGAUGUCAUCUUGACGGUGACAAUAAACGAGCGAAGCUGCAUCAUGCUGCCAUUCUACCUCGAAAUGUGUGACGGAGAGUGCCCAAUUGACUUGAUGCUAAUAGACCAAAAUGGUGAUGGAGCACUAGAGGGCCAACUCGUCUCAGAAAUACUCUACUGCAAAUCGCUUGGCAUUCCAAUUGGCCCAAUAGAGCUUCACGACGAGCACCCCUUCUGGAUGGGCAACCAUGGUGUUGAUCUGCCGCGGCCAAAUCUGAAAAGACUAGUACAAGAACUAGAAGAAAUGGAAAGAGAAGAGCGUGAAGGUAGCCAGGAUCUUGGAUCGCAGCGAUCGCUUCCUUCACCCUCUUCUUCAGUUGGGCCUUCUACAAAGGGAGGUUUUUUAUUCGAAGAUGCCAUACGCGCUGGCCAAAUAACGACCCAACAGCAAUCAUCGGUGCCAAGCGAAAACGUGGUAGAGAGAAAGUCCGUCGUCGUUCCUGGAUCAAUCGAAAAGUUGCUGCGAAGCCAAAUGGGAGAGCCACGCCACAGGGUCAUGUUCCGAUCGAUGCUCACGAUGUUGCAAGGAACUUCGGAUGUCACCAGGGCGGAACUCGACUACAUCAUCACGCAAUUCGGCUGCAAA